GGCAGAUGUGCCCGUGCCCCCCAUUUGGUCAUUUCCUCUCCCAUAAUUAACGCGGCCGUUACGCUCUCGCCUCGCUCUCUGUCCCCCCCACCAUUUCAAACUCGAACCACAUCGCACCGCGCCGCGAGUCCGAAAAGAGAUCCCCGCGCCCCGCCUCCAGCAUCAAUCGACAGCAAGGGGCAACGCAAGGCGCCGGGACGUUCUCGGAACCGGAGGCGAGGCGGGGAGGGGAUCGCAUCGGAUCGGAUGGUGGAGGCUGGCGCGAGCUUCAUGGACAAGGUCGUGGCGGUGGCGGACGACGUCGUCGUCGUCGACGGGGCGAGCGUGGGCGUCGGGGACGCACGGAAGGAGGGGAAGCAGGAUGAGGAGGAGAUGGCGCCCGUGGAGCCCCUGCCGGAGCCUCCCGACGACGGCGGGCCCGUCGCGUGGCCCAUGCCGGACUUCUGCCCUCUCACGAUCGAUGGGGUGCUGAAGGAGUCGUUCCUGGAGACUCUGCGGAAGGACGCAGCGGAGAUGGAGCGGCCUGCGCGGGAGGAGUCCGAGGCGGAGGAAGCGCUCAGCCCGGACUCGCGGCCGUCGAGCAGCAAGCGCCACCGCGCCGGCACCGCCUCGCCGUCGUCCAGGAGCAGCCCCUACCGCAACAUCCUGCAGGUGUUCCAGCAGUGCAGGCAGGACGCCGCCGAGGAGACUCCCACCAAGAAUUACUGAAAGCCGACGAGCACAAGCGCAACAGAGCAGCAUCAGGCCGCGCCGCGAUGUCACGGCUUUUCGCCGCCUGCUUGCUCGAGAACUAACGCUUGCCAUUUUGUCCAUUCGUUUAGUUGCCGUUUGCACAUUGUUCUUGAUGUGGCUGAAAAUGGGUAGUAGGGAGUUUUUUAUUCUUGUGUAAAGAUCGGAUAUAGAAGUUACAGGACCUCAGUAAAGAACGCCAUGAGAAAUGCAGUUUGGUAAUUCUCUUCCCAUAUGUUACAACUUACAAGUCGA